AUGGCUUUUCAAGUGGCAGUAAACCCUCCAGGUGGUGUGUGGCAAGAUGACGUUCCAGGCGAUCCUCUCAACACCAAUCCAAACUCACAUAAAGCAGAAAAUGGAUCAGCAACUCAUAACGGCAACCGCUUCCUGGUUGGGCGUGAUAGCACUAAUCGUCUUCGGCCACAGUAUCCGGCUGAUCCUAAUAUGGUUGCGCGUGAUUAUGCUGUGUUCACUGCACCAUUCUUCGUGGAAGAAGAUGGUAAUCUCAAAUACCAAAACCUUUUUGAUGCCAUGUUGGGUUCUGUGUAUGCUGCUAUUGAGAAGAUCAGCGGGUCCUCUGUGAGGAUUGUUGUGUCCGAAACAGGUUGGCCGAAUGUGGCUGAUUUUGUAUCAACCACGGAAAAUGCACAGGAUUAUUUGAAUGGGUUGAUCAAACAUGUGAAAGGAUCAGAAACUCCCAGAAAACCCAAUUGGCCUAUUGAGACUUACAUAUUUGCAAUGUUCGAUUGGAAUGCCAAGGAUGGACCAAAACUCGAGAGACACUAG